ACGAGCUCCAAAAAUGCCCGUCAGUCAUUUCAUCAACUUCCGUAAAUUUUAAGCUGGCAAGUUGACAAUUCAAAUUUCUCAAGGCUCUACGACAAUUAUUUCUUGUUUAAUUACUUUAAAAAUCAGUAAUGUAUAAUAUUUUUAUACGAUAUCCUUUUCCAUGUGCGUAUAAGUCAGUUUGUUGUGAACAAAAUGGUAUUUAUUGCUCUCAACUCCAUAACACCAUUUCAGAAGCAAUCGGGUUUACUGAUUUUUCUCUCUAUUGCAAUGGGAAGAAAGUUUCUGACGGACAAUAUUUAUUGCCUCAUUCUACCGUCCAUGUAUCACUUUCUCUUCCAGGUGGUAAAGGAGGUUUUGGCUCUAUGCUGCGUGCCAUUGGUGCCCAAAUUGAGAAAACAACUAACAGAGAGGCCUGCAGAGAUUUAAGUGGUAGGAGACUGAGGGAUAUCAAUGAGGAACAGAGAUUAAAAAAUUGGAUUUCAAAAAAAUCUGAAAGGGAAGCUGAAAAGGUUAGGAGAAGAAAAGAGAGACUUGAACGUCUUAAAUCUCGACCAAAGCAUAACUUUGUUGAUUUUGGAUAUGAAAAAGAAAUAUCAGAACUUCCAGAACGCAUUGAUGAUGCCCUAACAGCAGGUAUGGAAAAAAUUAAGAAGCGUCCAUCUGAAAUUACUGAGCCUUCUACUUCGGGCCAGAGUAAAAAGAAACGACUGUGGCUGGAUGAAGAUAUUUCUGACUCAAGUGGAAGUGACUCUGAUUCAAGUUCAUAUAAAUCCAAUGAAGAGUGUGAUGAACACAAAAAUAAUGCAGAUGAAUUAUCAAGGAAUAUCUGCAACAGUGAGUCAAAUGAAGCAAGUGAGAAUUUUUCUGAUAUUGAGUCCCAACAGAAGAUAAACACUGUUCAACUUGAUUCAAAUGGAUCUCAGCUAGAGUUGAAAGACAACACUUUAAAAUCUGAUGAAGAUCUAAAUGAUGAUCAGAAUGUAAAGGAGUAGGAGGAAAGGCUGUUCUGAUGUUGAAAGAUGGUGGAAAUCUCUACGACAGAGUUGCAAGAUUUGAAUAUUCCAAGAAUGUGCUUGUUAGAGCAUAUGAAGAGUUGAAUAUAUCCUGUAACUUAAAUAUUUUUUUAAGGAAAAAAUAAACAAUGUUUAUUUGCAUGCAA